GAAAGGUAGGAUAUACUUUCCUAAUAACAAGUAUAAAAGACGCUACAGAGCACAGAAAACAUUUAGUUUACUUGGAUUUUUUCUUUCGCAUUCAUGAAAUAGAUUGUGAAUAUGGGUGACUUUGCUACUUUUACCGAUAACACAUGUUCCAAUCCUUUUUUACCAGGUCCUAUUGUACCUAACACUUGUACAAGUUUUGUUUCUCAAUGUACAAUGUUUUUAACACUUUUGAAUACAAUGACGCAAAAUCAUACAUCGAUAAGUGGAUCAACGAAACGAAUAAAGGCAAUAGAGAAGCCUUUGUAUUCUUAUGAUUUUAUUAUUGUUGGAGGAGGAAGUGCUGGUGCAGUGGUAGCUGGAAGAUUGAGUGAAAAUCCUAACUGGAAAGUAUUGCUUUUAGAGGCAGGUCCAGAUGAGCCGGUAUCAGCACAAAUACCUAGUAUCUUUGGAUCAUAUCUAGGUGGUAAACUAGAUUGGAAGUACAAAACUACGAACGAAUCUCACGCUUGCCUUAGACGAGGUGGAGUUUGUUUGUGGCCCCGAGGGAAAAAUCUUGGCGGUACAACUGUUCAUCAUGGGAUGGCUUACCAUCGGGGAAAUCCGAAGGAUUUUGAAAAAUGGGUGGCCAUGGGGAAUGAAGGCUGGUCUUGGGAAGAGGUAGUGCCCUAUUUUUUGAAAUCUGAAGAUAAUCAUGAAAUAAAAAGAGUAGGAACUAAGCACCACGCAACUGGAGGAAUCAUGCCCGUCGAAAGAUUCCCUUGGCAACCACAAUUUGCCUGGGAUAUUUUAAAAGCUGGCGAUGAAAUGGGAUACGGGAUUACGGAAGAUAUGGUAGGUGAUAAAAUACUAGGAUUUACUAUUGCACAGACAAUAAGCAAUAAUGGAGUUCGAGUCAGUAGUGCUGCUUCAUAUUUGCGGCCAUUCAGAGACAGGCCAAACUUACACGUUAUUCUCAAUGCUCUCGCUACAAAAAUCGUUUUUGAACAGAAAAGAGCUAUAGGAGUUAAAUAUAUUAAAGAUGAUCAAAUAUACACUGUAAUGGUAAAACGAGAAGUUAUAGUCUCAGGAGGAGUAGUGAAUUCACCACAACUUCUGAUGUUGUCAGGAAUCGGACCACAAAAGCAUCUCAGAAGCUUGAAUAUUCCAGUUGUUCAAAGUCUUCCUGGUGUUGGAGAAAAUUUGCACAAUCACGUAUCUUAUGGUCUGAACUUCAAAUUUGAUGAUGAAGUUAGUUUACAAAGUAACUCUUUUCCAAUAACGGCGUAUCUGAAUAAUCAAACGGGCCCAUUGGCGUCUAGUGGAUUAGCUCAAGUGACGGCGAUCUUAGCAUCUAAUUAUACAACACCGGAUGAUCCUGAUCUGCAAAUGUUUUUUGCUGGUUAUGACGCAAAUUGCUGGACUACUGAUAAUUCAUCAGUCAGAAAUGUACAAAUGAUACCCGUAAAUUUACAUGCAAAGAGUAGAGGUAGAUUAACUCUAGCAAGCAAUAAUCCCUUGGAUCAUCCAAUCAUAUGGAGUAAUGAUCUCGGGGAUCAUCGUGAUGUAGAAGUUUUAAUUUGGGGAAUACAUGUGGCUCUCUCUUUAGCCGACUCCCCUACCAUGCGAAAACUUAACUUGACUUUAACUAGUAUGCCAAUUCCCGAGUGUUCUAAUUUCGAGUUUAAGAGCGAUGAAUAUUGGGUUUGUGCUAUUCAUCAAGAAACUCGAACGGAAAACCACCAAGCAGGCACUUGCAAGAUGGGUCCAAUACACGACCCAAUGGCUGUGGUUGAUACACGCUUUAGUGUCUAUGGUGUUAAAGGAGUGAGAGUUGUAGAUAGUUCAUCAAUGCCUUUGAUGAUAUCAGGAAAUCCAGUAGGUGCUAUAACUAUGUUGGCAGAACGAGCAGCUGAUUUUAUCAAAGAAGAUCACACUAACGGCGAGUAACAUGAUUGUUCACGUAUUAGGAAGAAAAUUUCUCAUUUUUAUAAGAUACUUAUAAAGUUAGAAUUAUACGCAUUCAUAACUUUUUAUCACACUCUUAUACUGUAGUCGCAAAUCGGAGCCUUUUAGACGUGAUUUAAUAAAUAAAAUGUGGAUGAAACAUUGGA